GACAAACGCCUACAAUUUCGAGCGUUUUUCAGUGUCGGGUGGAGUCUACAUCCUCUUAUCAUCUCUGCGGAAAGGAUUGCCGAAACCCAGAUUUUUAUAGUCUUAGAAAUUAGCUAUUAGUCCUUGCAAAAGGCAACUGUAUUCCAUCCCAAAGAUGACGACGACAUCGACCUUUCAAGGAUUGGAACCCGGUGCGAAAAGCAGUUCAAGGGUACUGCGACCACCGGGCGGGGCCUCAAACAUCUCAUUCGGCACGGAUGAGGAAUCCACCCCCCGCAAAAACAAGAUGGCUUCCAACAUCUUUGCAGAGCCUGAUGACCCCCACGCCCAUCGAAGGAACAACCCACCCACCGGAGCCCCUCAGGGCACCCUGUGCGGUGAGCCCUCUGCGCCUCUGAGACGGUGCCAGCAGCCCCUCCUCUUCCCCAAGAAUCCGGAACCAGAGCUCACCACCAUCCACAACUCCGGAGCCGCACUGGUCUGGAACCAGAGACGGGAGGGGGAGAAUGGCAAAGACCAGGCAAGCGAAGACUGUCCCGAUGAGGUUGAGGGGGAGAGCGAGGAGCAGAAGGAGAGACCACAGCCCCCCGCCCCGUCGGGAGGUGCCAACGCCAAUCCCGGGGCAGCCAACGGAGGGCGGAGAAACCCUCCAGGUGGCAAGUCCAGCCUCAUCCUGGGUUGAAUGAUGCAACACACACACGACUUUCUAUUCUCCAUUGGAACGCUUUUUUUAUUUUUAUUUUUUCAAAGAUGAAUUACCCCACACUCUUCCUCUCCAUUGCCCAGUUCCCCACCCCCCCCUCUUGCUCCACAUGCACUCGCCUUGUUAUGACCCUUGACCCUCCCACAGUUAAUGUCUCCCAUCGUCCCAACCCCUUUGUUUUGGUUCUUUUUCUAUUAAAAAAUAAAAAAACAACUUGUUGACAAAAGCACUUUAUGUAUCUCUGCCCCCCUCAACCUUCAUUUCAGCCCAUCCUGUAGUGCACCGCGCCUGCUGGGAAAGGCAUGAUGUCUAGCUUAUCUCUCUCGCUAUCCUCCCACCCUCUCCUCCAUUAGCCCCUCCCUGUAAAUGGUCAAGGGAAAAAAAGUAACUUAAGAGGGGGGGGGGGAUGAGAUUUGAUGCGUGGAUUUCUAACAAUAAAGAUUGAUAUCGA